UGAUGCAUCAGAGUAGCAAGUCUGAAGCUGGAAGGCCAUUGAGAUUAUGAUAAUACUCUAACGCACACUUAUACUGAGGUCACACAUAAUCCAUAGAGAUUUUCUUGUUGCAAGGCAUUUGAUACUCUUUGCUCUCGUACAGAUCCUUUGUUGAUUUAAUGGAAUAGCAGAGCAAACAUCGAAUGUGAUCAGUACCCUCUAUUUCCUAUUUGAAUAUUCUUACUUGAAAUUUUCCUAUUUGAAUAAUCAUCUCAUUGUAUGCUUUGCUUUACGUCGAGCAUUUGACGGGCACUCGUUGGUACAUACAGGAACACAAGGUCUCUUUCCUCCGUGGGUGGCUAAUACAUUCCCGAUCGUCUCCUUUAUCUGCACCUGAAAUAUAUAUCAGGAGUAUUCUGAAGCAUAUAAUUCCCUGGAGUUCUAUAUCUCAAGAUAAAAAGGAGAGAACAUGUCUCUGCAAGAGUAGAAUGUUGCCUUGUCCAAUUUGCCACGACCAGUCAAACGGACGCGGGGGCGGGUGGUGUGUGCCUUCACCUCACGCGCCACCCUCUCCCCCCUUCACCACCAACACACAAACCAAAGGAGACCCGAGCUGACCUCUGCUCACCGUCAAUCUCUCGGUGUAUCGUCAUCUAUCUCUGUGCCUCGAGUGGAACACGAAUUAAUUGUCGGGAAGAGGCAAACAUGGAAGGAAAAGAUGGGUGUCUUCAAAUGUGGCACCCUUGUGUUUCACGACAGCGUCAUCCCAUCCCAGAAAUGUGCCCCUCCAACCCGAAAAAUCCUUCACCUCCAUCAAAGAAGAAAGGGAAAAGGAAAAGCUGGCCUUCUCUCCUGUGCCCAAAUUGCAUCGGACUCUUUCAGUUUUGUCUUGGUCAGACCUUCCACAUGGAGGGUGAAAACAGAAGGAACUUUCCAUCUCUCUCUUCCUCUCCACACACCUUUAUUUCUCCAUCAUCACCUCUCUCUCUCUCUCCAUCAGUUGUGUUCAUGACCUGUUCUUUGUGAAUAGGCCUGUUUCUAUUCCGGGUCUUGCCUUGUAUCCGACUUUUCUUGAUCUCCUUUCCCUUUUGUUCUCUUUUUAUUCAUCUGUAGAUGGAGGUCAGGAUGACGAAGAAGAUGAGAAAGAUUACCAAGGAAACAUCUCCAUCGACUUCUUGUUCCUCCUUUGGGGAUGAUGCCAGGCAAAGAUUCAAACACCAAUCCCUCUUGCAAGAUUACAUGGAGCUGCUUAAGGAAACGGAAGCAAAGAAGAAGAAACUACAAGAGACAAGACUAAAGAAACUGCAGCUCCUGGCUGAAGUCAGAUUCUUGCGAAGAAAAUACAAGACAUUUUCAGAAAAUCCAUCUCAGGGAAUCCCAUUUAGAUUAAAGAAGCAAUCUUAUCGAGUCCCAUUCCCAUCCCCAUCCAUCUACAGCGCUCUGCUAAUGAGUUCGCUUGUUCCAAAUGAAGUACCUACUAAGGGAAAGCAAUAUGGAGUAUUGGAAGCUGCAAAUACAAGUAUUUCUGUGAUGGAGUCUUCAUCGGUAAAUCCACGUCGAUUUAAGAAGCAAUCUCACAGAAACCUGUGCUCAUCCCUUUGUGUUGCACAAUCGAUGGAUGUUUCCAUUCCAAGGGAAGUGCCUUCUCAAGAUAAGAAAUAUCGAGUGUUGGAAGCUGUGAAUACAAGCACUUCUCCACGGUUUGAUAAGAAUCAAGUCUCUUUAAUGAAUGGGGAAGAAAUGGAGCUUCAAUUGAAGCAGGAUAUUCUGAAAAUGGGAAAAUUGAAAAGAUGUUCAAUGAAUGGAGGAGGCUCAAAUGAUUUAAAGUUAGCCAUGUGUAGAGAUGUUGGAAAUAACUCAAACAGGGUUUCUAAGAGGAAAAUUUCAUGGCAAGACCAGGUAGCUUUGGAGGUUUAGAGGUGCAUCCAAUUUCAUGUGUGAGAAAGGUGGUGGAGGCAAUGGUGGUGUAGGACUUUCCUACGGCAAGCAGUCUGUGCAUAUAGGCAUUUGCUUUUAUGGUGCUGGAGUUGGAAGAAGCUUGGCAAUUCUUUUGUUUGGGAUGGUGUCUCCUUGUAUCCGAGCUUUGCAAUUGUAAUUAAUGCAGAUGUUAGAUCAUGCCAUAAAUGACUUAGAAUCAACAAGUGACAGAAAUGUUGGCUCUCUUUUCAUUUCUGACUAUUGUAGAUUGAUUAUAGAAUUGUUUUUUUUCAGCAAUCCACUAUUGUAGAUUGAUUCUACAGAUGGUUUGUUCAGUAGUCCAUUAUUGUAGAUUGACUCUAACAUUGUUUACUCAUUAGUUUUGAAGGUGAUCUUCUGGUUUACUAUUAUUUCA